CUGAGCGCGCGUCCGCCGCCGCUGCUCUAGGGACACACAUCCCGACCAGGAAACCGAUUCUGACACGAGACCCCCGGUAGUUUCUCCAACAAGUUACUCGAGUGGCAGACAUCUCCACACUGUGCCAUCGCGUGCUGCCCGUUUUGUUGGCUCUGUUGCAGCCGUGGACUGCUUUCAUUCAUUUAUAACAGGACGUUGAACUUUGUUUCUGGCAAACAGUCUCAGCGUCCAAAGGUUUCAGAGCUGUCACUGACGCUGGCUGCUCAAGCAGGACUUUCUAGAGAUGGCUUCAGCAUGGCAGCGCGUCCUGUCUGCGCACCAGAGCAUAGUGGAAAAUGGAGAUAAGAGGACAGACCCGUGGCUGCUGGUCUACUCCCCCGUCCCGGUGGCCCUCAUCUUCUUGGUCUACCUCGGUGUGGUCUGGGCCGGCCCUCGCCUGAUGAAACACAGACAACCCGUCGACAUCAGAGCCGUUCUCAUCGUUUACAACUUCUCCAUGGUUGGCCUGUCGGCGUACAUGUGCUACGAGUUUCUGGUGUCGGCCUGGCUGGCAAACUACAGCUUCCUGUGCCAGCCGGUGGAUUACAGCACCAGUCCACUCGCCCUAAGGAUGGCCAGUGCGUGCUGGUGGUUCUUCUUCUCUAAGGUCAUAGAGCUCAGCGACACGCUCUUCUUCAUCCUCAGGAAGAAGAACAAUCAGCUGACCUUCCUUCAUGUUUACCAUCACGGCACCAUGAUCUGCAACUGGUGGAUGGGAAUCAAGUAUGUGGCCGGGGGACAGUCGUUCUUCAUCGGCAUGGUCAACAGCUUUGUUCACGUAGUGAUGUACUCCUACUACGGCCUGGCGGCCCUCGGCCCUCACAUGCAGAAGUACUUGUGGUGGAAGCGCUACCUGACGUCCUUCCAGCUGGUGCAGUUUGGGCUGUUCCUCCUGCACACCGGCUACAACCUGUUCACGGAAUGCGACUUCCCGGACACCAUGAACCUGUUCGUGUUCAGUUACUGCGUCACCCUCAUCGUCCUCUUCAGUAACUUCUACUACCAAAGCUACGUGAGCAGGAGGAAGCAGAAGUGAGGUUUUAGAUGUAAUCAAGCACACAGAAGCUUCACAGCUGGCACAGCUGGCACGAUGGUGUGUGUCUGCUGGAGGGAUUUUAGUCAAUGAACGAAGCUCUGUAACAUCUAUCGGCGUCCACUAGAGGGCACAACUAGCCCACUUUAUAAUGGUUUUUCUCAUGGUGCUCAUGGUCAACUUUCAGUCAAACUCCAACACUGAAAAAAAAGAAAAAAGACAAAAAAAAAACUCACACUUACACACACAUAAAAACAAAACACAACUGAAGCCAAAAUCAAGUGGACUUGUAAAGCGUUCUUGAAGACGUUUCAGCGCUCGUUCCAAGUAGCUUCUAAGUUUGAGUCACUCUGACGAGCGGUGAAAAGUCCAUUUGCUUUUUGCUUCAGUUGUACUGUGACCUGGAUGGCUGAGAAUCGUCACGCCCAUGCACAGUUAUUAGCCGAACGGGUAUUCUGACCAAAUGAUUAUUUGUACGCACAUUUUCCAACCAUAUAAACUUGACUGCUUAUAGAAUUUAGCCAUCCGUAUGUGAAUAAGACUGCAUAUAUACAAGCAUGUGAUGCGUAUUCAUGUGAAGGGAGCGUUAAAUGAAGGUGUUCUUUACCUCAUGUGAAAUAGGCCAAACAUUAGAUUUAACUGACACUGAAUGGUCACAAAUUGUCAAAUUCCUAAACUGCUUAAUUUCUGGAAAUUUAAAUGAUUUAUUGCGAGUAGUGACCAGGGUGCAAAACAAACAAACACACAAAAAAAAAAACAGAAGAAGAAGAAAAGGCUUAAAUAGAAAUUAAACUUGAAACCAUCAGGCACAAUGAAUUUAAGGAGGCUCCACUACAGGCUGCUAUCAUUAAAAAUGAACAAGCUGGAGCUUUUAGAUUUGAAAGUGGACAGAAAAUGAAUUCUCAAAGCUACUACCGAUGUCUAGAAGAUACUUUUAUUGUUGAGUGUUAAAGGAACAAUCCUGCACUAGUAAAGGUCUUUAAAGGCUGAAUGAUGACUGAAUAAUAACCUGGACAUCACCUGGUUUACGUCCUACUGAGAUCCUCUCAUACGUGGUAUUAACAGUUAGAGAAAAGCACUUGGGAGAGUGAUCUUAAACAGCUCUUAAUAAGAAGGUGGAUACUGUCAUCAUUGAGUAUUUCUGUCAUUGUGAUUUUUUUUAUACUAAUAUUGAGAAGUGAGUCUCGACAAACUAUUUGAAAUGCAUUUGCCUUUUGUUAAAUAUUUGCUUAGUUAAACAUUGAGAGGUUUGAGUUUCGAAACAUUUAAAAUGAAUCCCGAGUCCUAUAAAGUGAACUUUUUCUUUUUUAAAAAAAAAAAAAAAAGAGGCAUUACGUGAUCAUUCAAUUAUUUAUUUCAUAAACUGAGAAAUGACAAACAUUCAAAUUCUUGGUGUAAACAAACUGUACAUUUUAUACACAUAAUAAUAAAGUAGGUUGGUUUGUCUGCAUUACUGCAGAAUUAAUGAGCCCAAACAUUCAUCCAGAGAUAAAUCCAAAAAGAAAAAAAACAAAAAACAAAAACACAAGACACAGAAAUGCAUUUUUUCCACUGCUAAAACAUCACAGCAAAAAAAUUAUAUAUUCUUUUCUACACUUCAAUCUAAAACAGAUUGAAAGAUGAAGGUUAGAGAGAGAAAAAAUGACUUUUCAUUUAUGGUCCAUCCUGUUUGUAGCGUUUGAAGAUAUUUAAAGCUGUCUGAUGUACUGUAUGUUUGCAAGUUUUAGCACCAGUUUUUUGUAACAAAUUCAAAUCCUGUGUACAUGGUGGCCAAUAAAAAUGUGAUCAUGAAUCUA